AUGAACUUUGGUUGGAACAUAUCGGGUUAUAAAUACCUUGGCCUUGUGUGCGAAGGAUCAUGCAUUAAUGUUCCAUUGAAGAGUGUUCAAAUAAAAUGUAGGGUAGUAAAUAUGCUUUCAGACGUCAAGGUAGAGUUUUUGUACGAAAACUCAUUACAAGAAGCUCUGGAGGCGUCAUUUGUUUUUCCAUUAAACAAUGUGGCGGUUUACCAUUUCGAGGCACAAAUCGGUGACAAAAAAAUAGUAUCCGUGUGUCGUCCACGUGCAGAGGCUAAAGAAACGUAUGACAGUGCUGUUGAAGAAGGGCACACAGCAAUCUUGGCCGAACAGGAUGAACAUUGUGCUGAUUUAUUUAAAAUGAACAUCGGGAACAUACCGCCAAAUGGAAAGGUUGCUAUAGUUCUACAAUAUGUUGGACUGAUAGAAGGAAAAAACAUGAAGACAGAUACAUCUAAGUUUAGCCACUCUGAAAUUAUCCUAACUUUGCCAAGUGUUAUCAACCCGCGUUACUACCCGAAAGAAAAAAAGAAUUCCGACGAGUUUGAGCAGUUUACGGAGCUUGUGCUUGUGAAUUCUGUGCCCUACACAAUAACAUUUGAAUCUGAACUUUGGAUGCCGUCAAAAAUUCUGGAUGUCAAAUCAACACGUGAUAGUUUCACUUGGAACUGUACAAACAAUUCUAAUCAUGGCCUUGUCAAACUUUCCUCUGAGUUUAUACCAGAUCAUGAUCUUCAAAUGGUCCUAAGUCUUUCUGAUCCACUUACAUCUCUGGCAUCUCUGGAAUAUGGUGAUCCGAACCAGUCGUCUAUAUUGGCUAUGAACUGUUUGAUGGUACAGCUUUUGCCUGAUAUUCCUAAUGUCGUUAGUUCUAAAGACAUGCGAUAUGAGUUCGUGUUUUUAAUCGAUCGUUCAGGUAGUAUGGAAGGUGAUAACAUUUCUUACGCUAAGACCUCCCUUCUCCUCUUCUUGAAGAGCUUACCUAUGAGUUGUCGUUUUCAAAUUAUUGGCUUCGGGAGUGAUUUCGCUGCUUUAUUUUCAGAACCUACAGACUAUUCUGAAGGAUCGUUAAAUACAGCAAUGAACUAUCAAAAAGACCUAAAUGCUGAUAUGGGCGGUACAGAAGCUUACAAUGCUCUAAAGUCGGCUCUACAUUCAACACCGAGUGGUGAAGGUUGGUUCAAACAAAUCAUAUUUCUUACGGACGGUGAUGUGGGUAAUGCAGAUGAGGUUAUCGGUUUGGUACGAAUGAACGUUGACAAAGCCAGAGUAUUUACUAUAGGGCUUGGACAAGGAGUAAGCACUGCACUAAUCGGUGGUGUUGCUCGAGCUGGCAAUGGUACAGCAGAAUUUGUCCGUGAUCCUUCUCAACUUCAGUCAGCUGUGAUGAGGACUCUUUCAGCUGCAUUACAGCCAAGAGCUGAUAAUAUUGAAAUGGAUUGGAAGCUAGUCGAGAAAUUUCAUGAUGGCAAGGAGAAACCAAUUGAAGUGGUAGUUGUUCCCAAGCAAAUGGCUCCAAUAUUUCCCGAUCGGUUCUCGACAUAUUUCGGUUUUUUCAAAUCUGAUAAAUCAUCAACUAUCCAAGGUCAAGUAAAUUUCAAUUGUAGUGUACUAGGUGAAAAGAAAUCAUUCAUAUUAAGUAUAUCGAAUGCGAUAUUGUUUAAUGACAAGUUGAAUUGUUCUGGAAGUCUACCGAUUCAUCGGCUAGCAGGAAAUAUGCGAAUGAAUGAACUUAUAGAUGGAUACCAUAGUAUACAAUUAAAUGAAAUGAAUGAGAAAAAUGAAACAGAACUGAAGUCCAUACGUCAACAAGUUGAAGAUUUAUCAUGUCAAUUGAAUAUAUUAUCAAAAUUCACUUCUUUGGUCGCUGUAGAUCCAGUCAAGUUAGAUGUUGAUCCGAAGGAAAGAGUUAAAGUCACUGUACCUCUUAUGUUCCGUCGUUUCUCUGUUGCACAAAUGUCAAUGCCUACAGGGAGUAUUUCUUAUGAUACCUUAGAUGGUAAUUUCGAUGGAGCUGUUGGAUGCUGUGCUUUACCUAUGUGCGCUUUCAAUAAUUCGUUGGGUUUUGAUACAGACAUGUGUGGUGAAGAUUUCGAUGGAGCUGUUGGAUGCUGUGAUCAAUUUCAGGAAGUUCAACCAGUUAAAGUUAUGGAAAAACAUAUAAGACUUGCUGAAUUACAAAGUUUUUCAGGAUUCUGGAAAUUAAAUUCUGAUUUAUCUGAAUGUUUUGAAAUACCUCUUGAUAAUUUGACAGAGUUUUUAAAACAAACUGAAAAAUCCUUAUCUCUAUCAGAUGUUACUUGGGGGACCGCUCUGGUAAUUGCAUAUCUGGAGUUAUUUAUGCCUGAGAAGGAAAAUGAAUGGCGCCUGAUAGUUGAUAAGGCAAGAUAUUGGCUCAACACUCAAGGUCAAAUAUCUCAAAAAGAUUCAAAGAAUCCCAAAGCUCCUUGUGGAUACGCAUGA